UAUAUUUGUAAGAAGAUUGUGAUGAAUGUCAAUAGUUAAAGAGAUAAAUGUCAAUAAUAUUGCUGUGUACUCUUCUGUCUUUUUGUUUUAGGGCCGAUGAUGACUUUUCUGAACCGGUGAACACCAACAUCGUCUUGAGGUCCGAUGGGAAGAUCACUUGGGACGCCCCAGCCAUCACGAAGAGCUCCUGCGUGGUGGACGUAUCCUACUUCCCUUUCGACAGCCAGCAGUGCAACCUGACCUUUGGUUCUUGGACUUACAACGGGGUCCAGGUGGACAUCUUCACCAUGUUAGACUCCGGGGACCUCUCGGACCUCAUAGAGGACGUGGAGUGGGAGAUCCAUGGCAUGCCAGCUGUGAAGAACGUGAUUACUUACGGCUGUUGCUCCGAGCCUUAUCCAGAUGUCACCUUCACUCUCAUCUUGAAAAGGAAGUCCUCGUUCUAUAUAUUCAACCUGCUGCUUCCUUGUCUCUUGAUAUCGUUCCUUGCUCCGCUGGGAUUCUACCUUCCUGCAGACUCGGGAGAAAAAGUCUCUCUCGGGGUUACGGUGCUGCUUUCUCUAACCGUCUUCCAGCUCAUGGUUGCGGAAAGCAUGCCGCCUUCCGACAACGUACCCUUGAUAG